GUCCGUCCGAAAACCAACUCCCGUGCCCGCGAAAAAGACGACCUCGGUCUCUCUUGAAGCCCUGCGCUACAGCCGACGACCGCGGUGUAAGGCCUAGGCAUAAGGUUUCUUCUCACCGUAUACUCUUGAUAUAACCUCCCAAUCUCUUUCCUCUCUCCCUUUUGCACCCUUCUCCCCGGGGCUGCUCCACUUCAAGCCGCCCCCUAAAGACCAGCUUAGUAUUGAUGUUACAGCCGCAAAGUUCCCGGCUUCUGCUGCUCCAGAGGUCGUUACGCACUACAGUCACAGGCAGAAGCAGAGGCACAGGCACCACAGCCACUGGGACACUGCUGUACAGUCCCUCCGCAGCGCCGUCGCUGUCGCCAUACCGAGUACCUGGCCGGGCCAAUUACAUGGCAUCGCUGGCAGCACGCAGCCCUGCCGCUGCAGGCCCCGGCGGGAGCAAUAGUGCCGUUACCAGUGGUGCCCCGCCCCCUCCAUCCUCUUCUUAUUCUCACUCUGCUGCUACGUCAACCUCCAAAAUUUCUUCCCGUCGAACAGCUCAGAUUGCUCGACACUUUUCCUCCUCAUCCUCACCAACAGGUCCCGUUUCAAAGCAGAAGCCCGACAUGGCCUCCAACUACACCGUCCGCAAGGUUGCGGCUCCCAACACCCUCGAGCACCGAGUCUACAUCGAGAAGGAUGGCCAGCCCGUUUCUCCUUUCCAUGAUAUUCCUCUCUAUGCCAACCAGGAGCAGACCAUCCUGAACAUGGUUGUCGAGAUUCCUCGAUGGACCAAUGCCAAGCUCGAGAUCUCCAAGGAGGAGCUCCUCAACCCCAUCAAGCAGGAUAUCAAGAAGGGCAAGCUUCGAUACGUCCGAAACUGCUUCCCCCACAAGGGUUACCUCUGGAACUACGGUGCCUUCCCCCAGACUUGGGAGGAUCCCAACUCCGUUCACCCUGAGACCAAGGCUAAGGGUGACAACGACCCUCUCGAUGUUUGCGAGAUCGGUGAGCUCGUUGGUUACACUGGCCAGGUCAAGCAGGUCAAGGUCCUCGGUGUCAUGGCUCUCCUCGACGAGGAGGAGACUGACUGGAAGGUCAUUGUCAUUGAUAUCAACGACCCUCUCGCCUCCAAGCUGAACGACGUCGAGGAUGUCGAGCGACACCUUCCUGGUCUCCUCCGUGCCACCAACGAGUGGUUCCGUAUCUACAAGAUUCCUGAUGGCAAGCCCGAGAACCAGUUUGCCUUCACUGGCGAGUGCAAGAACAAGAGCUACGCUCUUGACGUCGUCCGCGAGUGUGCUGAGGCCUGGGAGCGUCUCAUCACUGGCAAGACCCCUGCUGGCGGUGUCUCCACCACCAACGUCACUGUCCAGAACUCUCCUUCUCGCGUCUCCCCUGACCAGCUCCCCCCUCUGCCUCCCAACGAGGAUGUCCCCGCCGAGAAGAUCGAUGCUUCCAUCGACAAGUGGUUCUUCAUCAGCGGUGCCUCUGCUUAAGUGUUCAUAGACCAACCAUCUUGCAUAAAAGGAAGAAGUAUGGCAGACAUGUAGUCUUCACAAAAGUUGAGCACAGAGAUACUCAAGAACAAUAUAUAAAAAUGAUGCCAAUUGUCGUAAUAUUAUACAAGACCCUCAAUCCCUGCUAUGCCAUGUUGGGGUUCGUAAAUGUACAUGAGUCGUUUCCUAAACGCCAUUUGUGCAGAGUGUUACAGUAUAGCGUUGUUUUUCACAUAUUUUAAUCGGUCAAGUCGGCUGCCUUCUGCAGUUGACGCGAAUGUCGGUCUACUUCCUCGACCAG